AUGUCCGAAUCUCUCUUCUUCGAGCAACAGGAUGGUUCACGAAUUGCGUACAAGGUUUACGAACCAUGCAAGUCAGAUGUUACAAAGGAUGAGACUCCUCUUGUGAUGAUUGUUGGAUUGUGGACUCCCAAAGAACUACUAAUGGGUUUAGAAAAAGAAUUAGCAAAAAAUCGAAAAGUAAUUGUACUGGAUAAUCGUGGAAUCGGAGAAUCUACUGUUGCGUCUGAAAAUGAUCCGUGCUCAAUAGAUUUGAUGGCACAAGAUACAAUUGCAUUAAUCAAGCAUCUUGCAAUUAAGAAAUUUAAUCUGUUAGGAUGGUCUAUGGGAGGUCAAAUAGCACUUUGCAUUGCGUUAAAUAUACCUCCGCAACUUAAAUUAGAAAAACUAAUUAUUUGUGCAAGCUGGCUUCAUCUUACUACAGCUACGAGGCUCGACAAUGUGUAUAACUUGCCGAAGUGGUAUUAUGCGAAAAGCUUACAAGAGCAACGCAGGGAAAUUACGAUUAUGUUUGAAAAAAACUUUACUGACUACCUUCUCAAACAUCCAGAGAUGUUUGAUAAAGUGGUUGAGGUUAUGUUCAAUGCUCGCAGGCCAUUUGAAAUUUUCAAACGGCAAUGGGAAGCUAUAAAACAGUCGAGCUUUGCCUCAAAAGUGCACAUGAUCAAAGUGCCAACUUUGAUAAUUCAUGGUGAAGUUGAUAAACUAGUCUCUAUUCAAGAAGGGGAAUUGCUUGCACAUGAAAUCCCUGACACUAUAUUUGUCAGAAUACCCAAAGUUGGACAUAUGUUUUGGCCAAUGGAACCCAAAUCUGUCAUCAUAAUCAAUGACUUUUUGUUUGGAAAGAACAAUGCUGAUGUCAGGAAUACAGCAAGAUGCUUAUUGUAA